AUGCCCGGCGAACCUCAACCAGCUCAAAAGCGCCCACGUCUCCCCUUCAAACCUCCCAGUCGCACGACUAGCGCGGGACCAUCCAGCUCGGCGCCGAAGGCCAAAGGAAAAGCGAAACAAACCAGCACAAAAGCCUCCGCGUCCACAAUUGUGCCCAAAACAACAAAGAGCAAACCCACGACUCAAAGCAAGUCUGCAACCCAGAGCAAAUCCACGGGCCAAAGCAAAUCUACAAGUAUUGGGAAACGCCCCCGACCCGACUCUCCGGCAGUCAAUGCCAAUGCCGCCUCCGAAUCCGAAAUAGAUUCCGACUCCAUCGGAUCGAGCCGCAGUCGCUCGCGCUCUCUCUCUCAAGAGCCGAACUAUAUCCUUGCCGAAAUUACAACUACAAACCAACCAGAGGAUGUGACGUCCAGCGAUCCCAAAAUACCUUCAAAACUGCUCACACGCCUACUGCACCAGCAUUUCCAGAAUGAAAAGACCAAGGUCGUGAAAGAUGCCAAUAACGCUGUCGCCAAGUAUGUUGAUGUCUUUGUGAGGGAAGCCAUCGCCCGAGCUGCUUAUGAGAGGGCUGAGUCGGAUGGAAAUACUGGGGGCAGAAGUCUUGGGGAUGGGUUCCUCGAGGUUGAAGAUCUUGAAAAAAUGGCCCCACAGCUCACGAUGGAUUUCUAG